AUUCCAUGGUUAUUUAUGAUGCCAUAUAGUAUCAUAUUACCUGAUGACUUUAUAUAAAUGACCCUGUUUAGAUCCAGGCUUCUAUCCCGUCAUUAGAAAAAAAGCAAAUUUAAAUUGAGUUCAAUUGAACUGAGAGAGAGUAACUGGAUUCCAUGGUCUUCUGCGCUUCGCUGCGUCCGCUUGCAUGUAAUUAAAUAGCGCUGUGCGCACUUAUCGGUCGGAUCUGACAGUGGAGUUUCUAAAAAGCGGUCCCUGUCCUGUGCACCUCUUCGCCCCGUCCCCUUCCAGCUCUACCUCUCGGUAAUUGAAUUAGCUCGGUUUUGGGCUGGGGGAGGGGCUUGGCUUUGUUCGAGUGACGCCCAUUCAAAUCAUUUCAAACCAAUGGGACUAUCCCCCGCUCCGCCGUAACCAAACCCACUCUCUCAGUCGGCGUCUGGAGCUGCCUGCCUGCCCGUCUUUGCCCUCACCUUCCUUGCGUGUCCCGGCGUCUUAAAAACCCAAAACACCAGAACGAGGAAGAACCACCCGCACAUGCGGGAGAACGCGAGAUCUUUCUUUUUUCUUCCUUCAGAAAACCUUGCACGUCGCACGAUGACUUACAUAUGAGGACGACACUUUGGGAUGCGGACAUCAACGAGCGUCUCCGCGGAGAGAAGCGCAUGAGAAAACACAACGCUGUCCGUUCUCCCACCGACACCGAGGACUCCUCCCCACCUCGGCCGUGACACCUCUGGCACAUAACCGAGAAAGGAUAACAGUCUUUUUUCUGUUUUUUUUUUUUUCUUUUAAGGCCGAAGGCGAAAGACCGAGUCUCACGUCACCAUUCAUUCAUCUGCCAGCCGCUGACUGACUGUAUGGCUUUAAAAAGUUGCAUGGAGAACAUGGACAUCUGACGUGCGGCACACGGCGUCAUUGGACACAUUGAGCCUCUCUCUCUCUCCCUCCCUCCCUCCCUCUCCCUCCUUUCUCCAUCACACCGUGGACUGACUAUAAUCCCCCCUGCGCUUUGGCCGUGGAGUAAGAAGAAGUGUUCGGCAGUUGUCAUUUGCCCUGACACAGGCUACAUCCAGUAGCUCCCUGCAUCAGAGGGAACCACCACCACCACCACCACCACCAAGACAGUGCCUGUUGUGCUGCGCAUUUGUUGUGUGCUGCUCUCGCUGUUUGUGCGCGUUAGGUGGGAGACAUAUUUUGUCAGAGCUGACAUCCUGCGUGACAUUAAAAAAGCCUGUGAUCCACCCGGACAAUCGACCCGCAUCAGGGAGACGAGACGUUUUUGUUUGUUUGUGGGCAACUUUAAAUCCCCGUCAACCCGAACAAGUGUCCCCCUUCGAAUGGUCACGUCCUCGCCUUUUCUCCUGUCGCUAUUUUCUUUCCACGUCGCGCGCAUUUUUUUGUUGUUGUAAUUUGUUCAGCAUUCACAAACUGCGCCAGCGGCCACGUAUGUGAAUGAGACGCUCAUCACCUGUACCGGUUGAAGCGCCCAGUGUACAACCCGACUGACUGAAACGACACCGAAGAGGAAUACGUGCCGAAGUUUCGCCGUAGUGAUGCUGCAAAUGGAAAUGGUCAUCUUCCUCUGCCUGGUGCUGUUGAUGUGUGUAUUUAGCCAGGAGCCCAGUUCCAAAGUGGUGGCCGACCGCUACGCCGUCUUCUGGAACCGGACCAACGCCAAGUUCCACCGUGGAGACUACCACAUCGACGUGUGCAUAAACGACUACCUGGAUGUCUACUGUCCCCACUAUGAAGAAACGGUACCUGAGGAGCGCACCGAGCGCUAUGUCCUCUACAUGGUCAACUACGACGGCUACAGCACGUGCGACCACACCGCCAAGGGCUUCAAGCGCUGGGAGUGCAACAGGCCGCACUCUCCGAAUGGGCCGCUCAAGUUCUCAGAGAAGUUCCAGCUCUUCACCCCCUUCUCCUUGGGCUUUGAGUUCAGACCGGGCAGAGAAUACUACUACAUAUCCUCCACCAUUGCUGAGAACGGGAGGAAAACAUGCCUGAAGCUCAAAGUUUUCGUUCGACCAUCAAACAGCUGUGUGAAAACUAUAGGCGUACAUGACCGCGUUUUUGAUGUAAACGACAAAGUAGACAAUACAUUAGAACCACGAGACGAUACCAGCCAUGAACCGGCUGAGCCUUCCCGCAGUGACGAAACAAAUGCUGCGCCACACCUGCAGUCAACAAGUCCACUACUGGCUUUGUUGCUGGUCUGCCUAUCAGCACUCUUUACUUCAUAGCGCCCCCCUCUGUCCCGGAGGGCAUUUACACCUAGCGUGGCCUGAAGCUGCCCGAGGCUGCAGGGAAGUGGCGGGAUUUGCGUGAAGCGUGUUUGCUUGAUUGGGCAUCACGGCAGGCUUCUCAAGGAACCCUCUAUUUUUUUCAGAAAUAUAUUUAAGUGGUCUUUCUCCGUCUGUGAGUGAAAAAAGUUGAUGUUGGAAGUGGGAGAGACAGUUCCCCCUCUUAAACUUUCAACUAAGAUGCCAAAUCCCGUUUUUUGACACUUAGUGAUUCUUAUUUUCCGGUGACUUUUGACAUCCCUUUACAUCCUGUUUUAUGUCAUUGCAGCACUGAUGUUUUCCCACAUACACAUACACUAAUAUUUAGCAAAUACACAGACACGUGCUUAGGGAGUAGAACACACUACAUUACACUACACUAACAGUCAAUAGCAGUAGGGUUUUUACAGUGGUAUACAGUAGCAGCAGUAGAAAAGUGAAUAUACUAGGUCUUAGAAAGAACUGUACAUACACAAAUAAAAAGUUGUCCUGAGACCUCUCGAGAAGCCUUUCGGAAAAGAUAUUGAUCAAGUUAUGCUUGGUUAAAGGAAGCAGAUUUUUACGCCUCCAUUUCACGGGGAACUGUAGUGCAAAGAUGAAGAUGUAAGAAAAGCAAAUAAUGGUUUUAAGCAGGUCAGACUGCAAACCACAGCACUGAGAAAUAUGUGCAUGGCAUGCACCUUAGCCCGCUGAUCUUCAGACUGUCCUGCUUUAAAGAUAGCUCCCAAUUUUCUCUUGAAUACAAAGUGUGUGUUUAGGUGAAUAAGCUGCUGAUAGCUUGAGCGAGUGAGUGUAAAACCUGUGGAACCACAUGGCAUCUUAUUCUUGCCCUCCUGUGUAAAGAGCACGCCAGUCAGCUCAAUAAAACACCUCUCAGACACAUUUGCUUCACCAUGACUCACAAAACAGCUAAAUUGAAACUUUCUCACCAGACUCUUUGCAGACUGAUAUUACGAUCGAGGAUCAAUAUCUUUUGAAAGUUGAUCACACAAUUUCACGGCAACAGUCACAGUCAUUUUGUGCAAUGUUUACUGAGCAGGGCCGCAAUUGUCGCUCCGUUCCAUUGGACUAUUAGUCGAUAUUAAAACUCCCACAAACAUUUGCAUUCACAGCUUUCUUUUCAGUGAUAUUGAUUGUUUAAGUGAUUGUUUAAAAAAAAAAUGAUUCGCAGAUAAAUUGGAGACUUUGAAGUUGUUUUACUUUGUUGCCAAUUGUGUCUCCAAAAUAAUGUCCGAAAUCCACUUGAAUUAGAACAAUAACAGAUGUCAUGGGAAAGUGUUUGACACCUUAAUUCACAGAACCAUACUUUUUGUCACGUCUUUGUCCCUCAAACCACAGCUUUGACACAUCGAACAUUAGUUAGCUGGUUAUCACAUUCGGUUUAUUGCAGUAGUUAUUGCAGCGUUUACAGGAACGAUGCACAGCUUCAAUUAGUUGAAAACACACAGUGUGAAUGGAGCAACUAUCCGUUUAAUUCAAGGCAAUGCACGGCUCUAUUUAGUCUGGCCAGGUUUAUGUUAGCACUUACAUGAAAAAGGAAUUCACUGUUUUUUAAUGAUGUUCAGCAUCCUUCAGACCCCACAGAUGCACAUGGUGAGUUAGCAUAAUGAAGGCGAUUAUGUCUCUUUUCAAACGAAAGGGUCUUGUUUCUGCUUGUCUUCAAAGAAAUAUGGAUGGAUAGAGAAAAGAACUCCCUCAUUUUGGAGACAGGUUUUUUGCAUGAGAAAUGUGCACCAGGUGGUUCGGAAUGACGGAUAGAAAGAGAGAAAUAGAGCAAGAAAAGGAGCACGAGAGCAAUCGCAUGUCCACCAUCAGCUCCUAGUGUUACCGGUUUAAGUGACUCUUUAAUGAGGUUCAAAAUGACAGGCAUGUGGACCCCAUGUUGUGGCAAGGGGAGUUAUUCCUGGUAUUAAAAAUAGAUGGCGGAAGGCUUGGGGGGUCUCGGGAGGGGGGUGUAGAUUUCCUUCAUGGGGGGGGGGGGUUUAAAACACCAAUGACCUUGCAGUUUGAGAGGAUUGGUUAGUGAAGGAGAUGGAUAAAAUUAAAGUGAGGGACGCACAAAGAGAUGGAAAGACAUGGGAGGUAGCCGAAGAUAGUGUGACUAGAGUGCCUAACAAAACAACUAAAGAUCCACGCAACACUACUGAAAGAAACCACCCGAUUCAAUGACACACUUAUUGUUCAGUAUCAUUCUGUCACUGUUGUUUUUUCUUUCUUUUCAUUUUCGUGGCUGCCGUUUUCUUUUUUUUUUUCUUCCCAGAAAGACUGCCUUUGCCUUUUGCCAUUCGUUUUUUUUGCGCUACGGUAACAAUGCUAUUACAGCAGAAUAGCAGCUCAACUAUGGGGGGUAAUAGGAGCCGAGGCCAUUUAAUGAGGUACUAAUUUUCUGGAGAACACCACGGGGAACGAGCACCGCAUAAGAUUCAAAAUUGACGCUUGUCAGCAGAUUUAACACGAGACUUUUUAUCAGAUACCAGCUUCAAUUGUACUCUCUUAUACCAAUACUACUAUUCGUCAUUAUUGCUAUUAUUACCAUGGUUUAUUCUGUACACACUUUGACCUGGGAAAUGAGGAUCAACUUAAAAACUGGAUACUGUGUAUCCUGAGGUAGUCAACCAUAGAACAAGUAGUCUUAGGUUAGUAUCUGUUUUGUACCUUUCUGGAGGACAAAAGAAAAAAAAAAAAACGAGAUCAUUGUUAAAACUGUAUAAUUAUUAUUAUUGUUAUGAUGAUGAUGAUUAUGACUAUUAUUAUUAGGAAAACUUCUUGAUGUAAAUAGUGUUUGAUAUUAAAGUAUUAAUUUGG